AUCUCCUCAUCACUCCAACCAUCCAGCCUUCCUUCAAUCCUUCCUUCUCGUCUUCCAUCCUCUCAACGGUUCCCGGCCUUUCAAACACCAGCAAACAUGAAGCUGUCCGCUGUCCUCGCUCUCCUGCCUCUGGCCAUGGCCGCCCCCUCGGCGCCCAUUGACAAGCGCGCUCCCAUCCUCGAGGCCCGCGCCGGAACCCAGGCUGUCCCCGGCAAGUACAUUGUCAAGCUCCGCGAGACUGCUUCCGACGACGACCUCGACAAGGCCGUGAAGAAGCUCGGCAACAGCAAGGCCGACCACGUCUACAAGCACGCCUUCCGUGGCUUCGCCGGCCGCAUCGACGACAAGACCCUUGAUGAGAUCCGCUCCAUCCCCGAGGUCGAGUACGUCGAGCAGGAGGCCGUCUUCACCAUCAACACCUACACCUCCCAGUCCUCCGUCCCCUCGUGGGGUCUCGCCCGUCUUUCCUCCAAGACCAAGGGCAAGACCACCUAUGUCUACGACAGCUCCGCUGGUGCCGGAACCUGCGCCUACAUCAUCGACACCGGUAUCAACACCGCCCACAGCGACUUUGGUGGCCGCGCUACCUGGCUCGCCAACUACGCCGGCGAUGGCAUCAACUCGGACGGAAAUGGCCAUGGCACGCACGUAGCCGGUACGGUUGGAGGAACCACGUAUGGUGUGGCCAAGAAGACGAAUCUCUACGCCGUCAAGGUGCUCGACUCCAACGGGUCCGGCAGCAACUCGGGUGUCAUUGCCGGCAUGAACUUUGUCGCCCAGGACGCGCAGAGCCGCAACUGCCCCAACGGCACCGUCGCCAACAUGUCCCUCGGCGGCGGCUACUCGGCCUCCACCAACAGCGCCGCUGCCGCCAUGGUCCGGGCCGGUGUCUUCCUCGCUGUCGCCGCCGGCAACGACGGUGCCAACGCCGCCAACUACUCGCCCGCUUCCGAGCCCACCGUCUGCACUGUCGGCGCCACCACCUCGGCUGAUGCCAUUGCCUACUACUCCAACUACGGCACCAUUGUCGACAUCUUCGCCCCGGGUACUUCCAUCACCUCGGCCUGGAUCGGCUCCACCACCGCCAAGAACACUAUCUCGGGCACUUCCAUGGCCACUCCCCACAUCACCGGUCUCGGCGCCUACCUCCUCACCCUCCUCGGCAAGAAGUCCCCCGCUGCUCUCUGCUCCUACAUUGCCAGCACCGCCAACUCCGGCGUCAUCUCUGGCAUUCCCUCUGGCACCGUCAACAAGCUUGCCUUCAACGGCAACCCCUCCGCUUCUUAAGCGGGUUUUUUCUUUCUUUUUCCCCCUUUACCCAAGUCAAGAGAAAGAGACGCAGUCUGAGUAGGAUGCGCAUCGCAUAACGGUUGAUGAUUGGAAUGAUAUGAUGGAUGAAGGAAAUGGAUGGAUGGAUGAUGAGUCGAGGUAGUGACCAGAUUUGAAGGCUCUGGUUCACAAAUCUCUCGCUCAGAAAAAAUGAGGGAUUCUUUUUCUGGAUGCACAUUUUUGGAAGGAUUGGGCAUGUAGAUACUAGUUUCCCUCUCUGCUUCUUUUUCGCGAGAUCUUUCCAGCUUGGAACGGAUCUUGUUCGAGGGUCUUGGCCAGGCCGUUUACUCGAACUGUUGGCUAGGAUUGGUUUGGAGUGAAUGAAUAAAAAGAGUCAAACAUUACUUGA